GUCCUCUGCUGUGUUCCAGGAGGUGAGCGCCAGGCCCGCUGAGCCUCCGCAGAGCCGCCAGCCAUGCCCGGGAUUGUGGUAUUCCGGAGGCGCUGGUCUGUGGGCAGCGAUGACCUCGUCCUGCCAGCCAUCUUCCUCUUCCUGCUGCACACCACCUGGUUUGUGAUCCUGUCCGUGGUGCUCUUCGGCCUGGUCUACAAUCCCCACGAGGCCUGCUCUCUGAACCUGGUGGACCACGGCCGCGGCUACCUGGGCAUCCUGCUGAGCUGCAUGAUCGCCGAGAUGGCCAUCAUCUGGCUGAGCAUGCGCGGGGGCAUCCUCUACACGGAGCCCCGCGAAUCCAUGCAGUACGUGCUCUACGUGCGCCUGGCGAUUCUGGUCAUCGAGUUCAUCUACGCCAUUGUGGGCAUCGUCUGGCUCACCCAGUACUACACCUCCUGCAAUGACCUGACGGCCAAGAACGUCACCCUGGGGAUGGUCGUCUGCAACUGGGUGGUCAUCCUUAGCGUCUGCAUCACCGUCCUCUGCGUUUUCGACCCCACGGGCCGCACCUUCGUCAAACUGAGGGCCACCAAGAGAAGGCAGCGCAACCUGCGGACCUACAACCUGCGACACCGCUUAGAGGAGGGUCAGGCCACCAGCUGGUCGCGCCGGCUCAAAGUGUUUCUUUGCUGCACUCGGACAAAGGAUUCCCAGUCAGAUGCCUACUCGGAAAUCGCCUACCUCUUCGCCGAGUUCUUCCGGGACCUUGACAUUGUGCCAUCCGACAUCAUCGCGGGCCUGGUGCUGCUCCGGCAGCGGCAGCGGGCCAAGCGCAACGCCGUGCUGGACGAGGCCAAUAAUGACAUCUUGGCCUUCCUGUCCGGGAUGCCUGUGACCAGAAACACCAAGUACCUGGACCUGAAGAACUCGCAAGAGAUGCUCCGCUACAAGGAAGUCUGCUACUACAUGCUCUUCGCUCUGGCCGCCUACGGGUGGCCCAUGUACCUGAUGCGGAAGCCGGCCUGCGGCCUGUGCCAGCUGGCCCGGUCCUGCUCGUGCUGCCUGUGCCCCACACGGCCCCGGUUCGCGCCCGGAGUCACAAUCGAGGAGGACAACUGCUGCGGCUGCAACGCCAUCGCCAUCCGGCGCCACUUCCUGGACGAGAACAUGACGGCGGUCGACAUCGUCUACACCUCCUGCCACGACGCGGUGUAUGAAACCCCCUUCUAUGUGGCCGUGGACCAUGACAAGAAAAAGGUGGUGAUCAGCAUCCGGGGAACCCUGUCCCCCAAGGAUGCCCUGACGGACCUGACCGGCGACGCGGAGCGCCUCCCUGUGGAGGGACACCAUGGCACCUGGCUGGGACACAAGGGCAUGGUCCUCUCGGCUGAGUACAUCAAGAAGAAGCUGGAGCAAGAGAUGGUCCUGUCCCAGGCGUUCGGACGAGACCUGGGCCGAGGAACCAAACACUAUGGCCUGAUCGUGGUUGGCCACUCGCUGGGCGCAGGCACCGCUGCCAUCCUCUCCUUCCUCCUGCGCCCCCAGUACCCGACCCUCAAGUGCUUUGCCUACUCCCCACCGGGGGGCCUGCUGAGCGAGGAUGCCAUGGAGUACUCCAAGGAGUUCGUGACGGCCGUGGUGCUGGGCAAAGACCUGGUUCCCAGGAUCGGGCUCUCCCAGCUGGAAGGCUUCCGCAGACAGCUCCUGGAUGUCCUGCAACGGAGCACCAAGCCCAAAUGGCGGAUCAUCGUGGGGGCCACCAAGUGCAUCCCCAAGUCGGAGUUGCCUGAGGAGGUGGAGGUGACCACGCUGGCCAGCACGCGGCUCUGGACGCACCCCAGCGACCUGACCAUCGCCCUGUCGGCCAGCACCCCACUCUACCCGCCCGGCCGCAUCAUCCACGUGGUCCACAACCACCCAGCUGAGCAGUGCUGCUGCUGCGAGCAGGAGGAACCCACGUACUUUGCCAUCUGGGGCGACAACAAGGCCUUCAACGAGGUGAUCAUCUCGCCGGCCAUGCUGCACGAACACCUCCCCUACGUGGUCAUGGAGGGCCUCAACAAGGUGCUGGAGAACUACAACAAGGGGAAGACCGCCCUGCUCUCUGCCGCGAAGAUCAUGGUGAGCCCGACUGAGGUGGACCUGACCCCCGAGCUCAUCUUCCAGCACCAGCCACUGCCCACAGGGCCCCCUGUCCCUGCCGGUGUCGCCCUGGAGCUGCCCGCCGCCGACCACCGGAACAGCAGCGUCAGGAGCAAGUCCCAGUCUGAGAUGAGCCUGGAGGGCUUCUCGGAGGGGCGGCUGCUGUCCCCGGCGGCGGCGGCGGCGGCCCGGCAGGACCCCGUGGAGCUGCUGCUGCUGUCCACCCAGGAGCGGCUGGCGGCCGAGCUGCAGGCCCGCCGGGCGCCGCUGGCCACCAUGGAGAGCCUGUCGGACACGGAGUCGCUGUACAGCUUCGACUCGCGCCGCUCCUCGGGCUUCCGCAGCAUCCGGGGCUCGCCCAGCCUGCACGCCGUGCUGGAGCGCGAGGAGGGCCACCUCUUCUACAUCGACCCCGCCAUCCCCGAGGAGAACCCGUCGCUGAGCUCGCGCACCGAGCUGCUGGCGGCCGACAGCCUGUCCAAGCACUCGCAGGACACGCAGCCCCUGGAGGCGCCCCUGGGCAGCGGGGGUGCCACCCCCGAGCGGCCCCCCAGCGCCGUGGCCCGGGUGGAGGAGGAGGAAGAGGGGGGCGGGGGGGCGGCCCCCCGCGGGGAGCUGGCGCUGCACAAUGGCCGCCUGGGGGACUCGCCCAGCCCCCAGGUGCUGGAGUUCGCCGAGUUCAUCGACAGCCUCUUCAACCUGGACAGCAAGAGCAGCUCCUUCCAGGACCUCUACUGCAUGGUGGUGCCCGAGAGCCCCACCAGCGACUACGCCGAGGGCCCCAAGUCCCCCAGCCAGCAGGAGAUCCUGCUCCGCGCCCAGUUCGAGCCCAACCUGGUGCCCAAGCCCCCGAGGCUCUUUGCUGGCUCCACCGACCCCUCCUCAGGCAUCUCGCUCUCGCCCUCCUUCCCGCUCAGCUCCUCGGGCGAGCUCAUGGACCUGACGCCCACGGGCCUCAGCAGCCAGGAGUGCCUGGCGGUGGACAAGAUCCGGACUUCCACCCCCACCGGCCACGGGGCCAGCCCCGUCAAGCAGGAUGAGCUGGUCAUCUCGGCCCGCUAGCGCCCAGGGCGGCUGCCUGCUCGGCCAGGCAGCUCUGAGGAGAGGCCCCCUGGGGCCGGUUUAGCCUCCGCCCAGCCUGGGGCGCUGCUGUCAAGCUGGGGGUCCGCAUCCCUACCUCAGCUUAGGACCCCCAGAGCCCAGGGGCUGGGAUCUGGGCCCAGCAGACUGGGAAUGAUGGGGAGAGGUGUGGAGCAGGGGGACGCCUGGAGCAGCGUGCCGGGUAGGCCCCCUCAGCCUGACUGCCCCCGGGGGCAUCUUGGCAGCCCCUGCUCCAGGAUGGGCGUGGGCAUCCUGACCCCCAUCACUGCCCACUGGUUGCUCUCCCUGGACCGAGACAGAGAGCAGCCCCCUCUCCACGUUCUCAUCUGUAGUCCAGGUUGGUGUCUGCCCUGGUUAUCCCCCAGAUCUGGUGCCUGCUGGCCAGUCCCCUGGGUGAACCCCCAACCAUGGUGGCCCACAGUGCUGUGUAUGUUUACAGAGGCUACUGGGCUGGGCUCGGGAGGUGAUCUGGGCUUGCAAGCACCCCUGCAUCAGGUGUUCGUCAGUGCCCCCUCUGAGCAGGGAGGGGCCAGCCCCCAGGGGCCCCGGUCAGACAUGGGCCCAGAAGGGUGGGAUCAGGACCCCCCUUCUCUGCCGGCUGCCUGCAACGCAGGCACCCAUCCCUCCCGUGGGUCCUGGGCACCCAGAUCUGCCCCACCUGCUCUUUACCUCCUGGCUUGUCUGCUCCCUGGGAUCCUGCCCUCUCAGAGUGGAGGGCACAGGUGUGACCACCCCUGACUGCAGGAUCAGUCCCUGGGAGGAAGGAGAGCCCCCAAACCCUCUCCCUUGGAGGAUCCCACCUGGCCCCUUUCUGUCAUCUCCCCUCUGCACCUAGGCAGUCAGGCUCUGGGACCUGAAACCAAACACACCUUCAUCCCCCGGCUCCCGCUGGCCUGGGCCUUCUCCCCUCCUCCCCCCGGCACUGUCCUGGUGGCAGGAAGUGGGGCAAAGAGUGGGGUAUGGUGGGGCCUGGCUAGAAACCCCUGCCCAGUGCUGGGGAAGGGGCCAGGGGCUCUGGGGCUGUCCCGAUUCAGCCCGAGACGCCCGUAGCCUCUCUCCAGGGCUUCCUGCCCUGCUGGGUUGGGAAGCAGAGGGGAGGUCGUGCAUGCUAGCGUGGGGCGUGCGUGUGCAUGUGCAUGAGUGUGCGCCCGUCCUGAGGAAGGGGCUGCUGGGCAC